CUAAUAGAUAAUAUUAUUAUAUUAUUACGAUACUAUUAACGCCAACACUAAUAUUAUUACACAGUACAAUAUUAUAAUUUUAAUUUCGUAUUAGCGGUGUACUUUUCGUCAAAAAUAUUCCGCAUAGGUACGUCCGACAUUAGUGAUGAGCAUGCGAAGUACGUGUUUCGGAUGUUGUUCGAUCGGCACCGGCGUUAAUUGUAUUUUUAUUUUGAACACAGUAAGUCGUCGUCAUUGAAUCGGUAUUGUUAUUAUUAUUUUUUUAAUUAUUUUAUUAUCAACUGUAAUCGAAAUAUCCAUAAAUCAUCAUUUUUUUACGUUUAAUAGCCAAUAAUAAGUUCCGUGCACGGGUGCCCACCUAUUUUAUCAAUACAAUUGUUUAUAAUAUUAUAAUCAUAUUUAAAACUUUUCAUCGUCAUCAAAAAUCACUGCAACCGUUUUAUUAUUAUAAAUUAAAAUAAUAUAUCCCAUCCAAUUAAAACGGGUAAUGAUUAUAUUUGAAUACAGCAAUGAGCUGCAUUGUACGUUUCAUGAAUAUCGAUAGUAAUAACCAGGUAUUCAUUUAUUGUUGAUUUCUUGUUUAUUGCACGAUAAAAUAUGCAAUUAAUAUUAGCGCAGUCAAUAAGUUGUGCACAAUAAAAACGUAUUCAAAUCACGCUUACCAUGUAUGAAAAUAUAAUAAUGUGGUAUUACGAAGAACAACGCGAAAGUGCAAACGUUUACAACCAGACUUCAGAUUUCUGACGUAAACAAUAAUAUACAGAGUGAUUUUUUUUUCACCGUAAAUAACCUAUGGUCGUUGAUAUUUCAACAUUAUUUGCAUUUUCUUAAAAGCGAAUUAAAAUUAACUAUUUUACAUGGAAUAAAACCCACGUUUAUGAAUAUAAUACAUAAUAGGUAUUAUAAUAUAUUCAUAUCAAUUGUUUAGGGCUAUAUAGCCAACUCCCUUCUACAGAAAAUCAUCAGUCAUCACGCCUUUGGGUGUCGUUUGCAAUGUUAAACAUUGUUAAUAUAAUAUACACGUACCUACUAAACCAACAGUUUAAUAUGAUAUCGUUAUCGUUUGAAAAAUUUAAAAAUUAUAACGAUGAUAAAACCUAUAAAAUAAUACGAUAUUAUUGUAAAAAUGACGUACCGUAAUCAAUCCCAAAUUCAAUUUUUUUUAUUAGUUUUUAGAUUCUGAACGGAGCGAAAAAUAUAUUGGUUUUACAAUAAUGUUUAUUUUUUUUUUUCUUUGGACAACUUUUUUACCACCAAUUUUGCUCAGAUUUACAAUGAUAGCACUUUUCCUAAAAGAAAAUCUGACUGGGGAGGUACUUUCAGGAAGUCAUUUUUUUGAUUUUCCCAAAAAUUAUCCCAAUAAAUGGGAAAAACUGGAAAAAAUGUAGAAAAAACGGGAUAUAGAGAAGGUUUAAUACUAAAUAUUAUUACUAAAACAAAUAUUAUUAAAUAAAAUAUAUAACGCCUUUAAUUAUUUUAUCAUAAUAUGACAUAAAUAUUAUAUAUUGUUGAAAAAGUAACAUUAUCAACGGAACUUCGCUCAGAAUCGUUUUUUCUUUCGUUAGCAACAGUAAAUCGUUUCUUAUAGAUAUAUAUUAAAUUACCUAUAUAACAGUGGUUACACCCGUCCCCAUUAUUCUAGGAAAGUUUUUUUUAUUUAAUUCAAUUUUUCACCGUAAAAUCACAGAAAACGAAAUUUAUUUGCCGAGCUAACGGAUAGUUCGCGAUACAAAAAUAAAUACAACUGAAAUAUUUUAGAACGAAUCAAUCGAAUCGAAUUCAGAAAAAUGAAUUCUAGUAUCGACAGUACCUACACCUCGUAAUUUAAUAUGUGGUAUUUAUACUUUUAUAUACAGUUAUGGAUCACUUCGAAAAUAAUGAGCGAUUUCAUGCAUCAUUUAUUAACCUACAACAGAUUUUCUGCAAUCACCAGCCGAGAAAAUACUAUGACACAGACCGCACCUGGACCCGAAUUAUUAAAUCCCAACGUAACUCUUCAGCCGUGCAACCAUAGUUAUAAUUCUACGGCAAACGACUUUCUUCCGCAGCGUGCAGUAAUGAAUGUUAAGUAUUUUUUUUUUUUUUACUUUUAUAAUUUCUACAUAUAAUAAUAUAAUAAUAUGAAUAAUAAUCGUAUACUCAAAAAUCGCAACUCGCUUAAUACUAUUAAAUAAUCAAACUAUUAAAAAGCUUCCUAUAAUUUAGUAUCUAUAAUCAACCUAGGUGUACACAGAUUUUAUGAUAUUAUGUAUUACGAUGAGUAAUAAUUUCUAUACAGUUUGCGAAACGAAUACACUUUUCGUUAUUCAGACUUUAAACACUUACUUAAUAUAGGUAACCCAAGGUUUGAAUAAAAUUUAAGAAAUACGAUAGGCAGGUAUAGUUACAUAAAAUAUACAGGUAUAAAUCGCAAACAUCAGCUGUCAGAUACAUAUAUUAAUUGCGUAAUUCUAUCGUUCUUUUCGACCUUUUUUUUUUUUAUUUGUUCAUGGCGAGGUUGCGCACCGUUGAAUGGUCGGAUCAUACAUCAUUUGCACAUCAAAAUGUUCAACAACAGAAGAGCUGAAACCCCGAAACCACAAAAUUCUUUUCUAACUUUCGGCUUAAUACCCAGUAUUAAUAAUUUUUAAACGUAUUGAUUACAAAGAACACAUUUUCAAAUAAUGCUAUUAUAGGCAUAGUAGGUACUUAUUUCUGUUUUAAAAAUAUAAUAUACAUGUACUUAUUACGAUGACAAUCGCGGGUGAAUUGUAACAACAACCCAAUCCGAUCGGAUAUUAUAAAAUGAAUACAACUAUAGGUAUAUUUAGCAACCGACGUUUAACUUUAAAACUGUGAGGUCAGUUAAAAUUUGUCAAUUCAAAUCUGUCAUUUUUCAAAAAUAUUUUAAAGUAAAACACUGAAAAAUUGAGAAGUUUUUUUUACUUUGUUUUCGAUUUGUUAACGCGCAAAUGAUGUAUAAUAUGUUGACGCGAGAUAAACCGACGGCGCGUAAAUGAUACACUGCCGUUGAUGUGCAAAUAAUAUACAAUAAAAAAAAAAUAGUUUUUGAGGCAGGUAAACAACCGAUGCGCAAAUGAUAAACGCCGCUAUACACUGAACCCGGUAAAACCAAAAACAAUACGAAUCAUGCGAGUAAACAAAUACAGGGAGAUUCUAUUUAAAAUGUUAUUAAAAAUCUGCAGUCAAUUAAGAAUAGGUUUUUCAAGAAAAAUGAAACAAAAAUCACCCUGAAAUUUUUAUUUUUUUUUUUAUAGUUCUUUACAUACAGUUCAUUAAGGCCUUUUGCACAAUUCUAACACGCUCCUCAUCAGUCUAUCCUGAUCUAUCGCAUUUUCCAUUUCAGUCGAUAUCUGACAUAUAUAAAAUUUAUUAUAUAUAUUUAAAUAUUUUCCAAACCCUAUUCAACCACUACUGGCGAAAUUUUUGGCCACUUUUGUCGAGUUUCUAUAAGUCAAACAUUUCGCAAAAUACUUUCAUCGAAGCCCGCCAAACACGAUCUGCACGUCCAAUCGUUUUGCCCUUGUCCAGGAACAUACUGAUAUUUGGCCAUUAUUUUUUUGGACAAACAUUCUAUAAUUCGCAGGUUUUUGUCUUUCAUAUAUUCCGCAUUUUGAUUUCGCACAUGACAAUGUAUUUUUCACGAUACUUAUUUAUAUUUAAUUACAAUAAAUAUUAGGAUAUUCAAUUUUAUAAUGGCAAUAGUAUAACUAUAUAAUACAAAUCACUUUAAAAUAAUAAUAUUUCGAAUGUUUAUACCUAACGGUUUUCAAUAUGAUUACAGACAUUUUUCUGGACUACACAUUUAUUGUGCAAUUGGCAUUGAGCAUAAUGGAAUUCUAUUUGAACGUAGGCUUGAAGCAAACAACCCACACGGUGAAUAUAGUACUAUAAUGUUAAUCUUCUUUGCCUUCGUCCAGACUAUUUGGAAUACUCUCGUCCUAUAAUUCCACUUGAACCGAUCUCUCACCUCGCAUACACCGGCUGUCUCUCAUAUGAUCCAUGUCUCUGUUCCACUCAAGCCUACUUAUCCUUAGUUCUUUUCCUUCAAGUGCUACGCUCCAUUCCUCGAGCCUAUAUUGCUAACUACUUCCAGAUGUUCUUCUAUCAAACCCGUAUCUGCAAACAUUAUGCACCAUGGUACCUACUCUCAACUCUUGUCCCCGCGCACAUUCGAUACGGGGCAAUCCGUCCAAGUCUUGUUUAGAAUUCCACAUACUGUUUAACAGAAUUUCACACCGGCUGUCGACCUGAAGCAAUCGCAUUUGUCGCCUCUUGCAACAGGUAAAGGUACCGCGGGAGUAUUCUGAUCUCCUCCCACAAGGAAAAUGGCAUUGUAUACUAAAAGACGAAUUCCUUCAACCUACGGAAAAAAUACCGUAUAAUACCUAUACUGUAAUCACCCACUUGGGCUUUCCACCUGAAUAUUAUGAGCUCAGGGCCCCUGUUCGCUAAAGUCCCCUGAGGUUUAGUAUUUUAAUGUUUAUGAAUUAUGAAAAUGGAAUAUCUACAUAAUAUGUAUUCUGUACAAAAUAAAUAUAUUCUUUCAACUUCAAUUUAAUAUUUAUUGUGUACGCUAUCCCGGUUAGGUACAGAAAACUAUAGAAAACUUUACCUACGUUCGAUGUUUUAUACAAUUCGAGACGGUACACAAUAAGUUCCACUUUUUUGUAUUUUUUUUUCACUUUAUUAGAUCUGUUUCUUUAAAUAAAUAAAACAUAUUGGACACCACCGUUUUCGAAAGUAAACUGCACACGCUAUUAUAAAACUCUACAUUCGGAAUCCAAAAUAUACCAUUUGUGAUUAUCUUAACUAAAAAAUUAGGUAGGUACUCAUUGGUUUAUUUUUUUUUUUUUCCAAAACAGUUAUCACCGGAGAAGAUUUAUGCUUGGCUAGUCAUUUACUACGCUAAAUUUAUCAAAGAAAUCGUUUUUCAAAUAACGGUUAUUACGAAAGGUUUGUUUUGGAUACAGUUUUUGGAAUAUAUGGUAUGCAAAACAAAUUAUAUUUAAGUUUAUUUACGUAUUCCUUCAUAAUUUUAUAACCUAAAUAAAAAAAAAAAAAAACCUACUACUAUAUACUACAUUCACGUAAAAUUUCCCCAAUAAUACGGCUAUUAACGACUUCCUAUUUACGCCAUGGCGAUGAUAAUUCUUAAACGAUUGUGCUAGUGAAAACGUUUAUGACUUUUUUGAAAUUUUUCGAAAACAUAAGUUUACCCCAAUAUUAGACGUGAGAAGUCCAUAGCAGACAUUUUUAAACUGUUUUUUAUACACGGCACACCGUGUUUAUCUUCACAGAAUGCUCAUCACAACACAUGUCUCAGCCGUUAAUAACUUUUAUAAAGACCUUUUUUUUUUUUUUUUAAUAGAAAAUUAUUACAUUUUUUACAUCAAAUAAGAUUAUAAAAAAAUCAUAAAUAAUAUUACCUAUACGUUUAAUUAAAGGUUCAAUAAAUAUCCGAGAUAAAUCCAUCAUAUUAAUAUUAUUACUGGAACAAAUUAUACGCAUUAUAUAUUAUAUUAUAUAGUUCCUAUUGGAAGUAAUUCAAAACUAAUAAAUUAAUUACUUAUAAUUUAAAUUUUUAUUUUUUUCUAAGUACCUUGGUAAAUUAAAAAAAAAAAUCGUUUACGUUUAUUUAUUACGUUUUUUUUUUCAUUUCUUCUUACAACCUACCUAACUGCCGUUUAAUAUAGGUUAUAGGUAUUAGGUAUAAAUACUGUAUUCUUAUUAUUAAUUAUAUUAAGUAAUAAAAUAUUCUAUCUUUAUUUGUUAUAUUUCAGAGUUUCUUUAUGAUAAUAAUCAUCGGAUUAGAAAUAUACAUUAUCCAAUCGUAUUACGAUCAACAAAAGUUAGCCGCUGUGAGUGACUUUGUUAGUUUCAAAUGGAGUUAUGUACCGAAAACCGGAGUUCAAUCGGUCGAAACGGCGAAUUCGAGACGAAUCACUAAAGUGACGUAUUAUAAUCCGAUACACGAUGAAUCCAACUAUAUUCCAAUAUUUGUAAAAAAAAUACGUAGUAUAAAUGCAUAAAAUUUAAUAUUACCACUAACAAUAAUAAAAAUUAGGUAAAUAAUAUGUAAAUUGAAUAACUUUUAUGUGACGUGUACCAUGAAAUAGUAGACAUUAAAUUAGUAAAAAUAUUAUUUUCGUUCCAAUCAUUAGUACCUAUCUGGCUAUCCAAAUCUCUUAUUGAUUUCUAAUAAUAAUUUUAUCUAAUCGAAUUUACGUAAAAUAAAAUAUAGUGUUAAUAAAGUUACAUGCUAUUUUAUCUAUACUUUAUUAAUAUUGUAAAUAGAAAAUAUUUGUUAGUAUAUUUGUAUAAUGAAUAAGCCCAAAAAACACUUAACCGAGUUUAAAACUUCUUUCACCUAUAUAAGGUUACUUUAUCAGCGAAUAACAUGGACUGUAUUUUAUUUUCAAAAAAAUUAGACAUCCCUAC